AUGCUUCAUAGAUAGUAUAUAGAGCAGAUUCAUAAUCAAAGUUUUUAGUUUUUGGGAGUGAAGGAAUAACAUUUCUUAGGAGACAAAAUGGUAUUGAGUGAGAAUUCAGAUGAAGAGAUUAAACAAUAGAAAAAGGAAUUCAAAGUAUUGUAGAAGACGAAAAAAAAAUUGAAUUGGAGAAAGAGCAUGGGAUUGAUUUUAGUAUAGAAAAGAUCAAGUGGAAUGUCAUAUGUGUAAUUUAAUUGGGUUAAAUUUUAAUUGCGUAUAAGAGGAAUAUUAAAAAAGAUUAUAAAAGGAUGUACUAUAGAGAAACCAUAUAUUUUAAGUCCAGAUGGAUCUUUGAAGAUGAUGUGGGAUUUAUUAUGUCUUGGAUUAGUGAUGUAUGAAAUGAUAAGUAUUCCAUUAUAAAUAAGUUUUGAUAUUGAUGUUAGUGUAGAAUUUUCAAGAGUUUCUACAGGAAUAUUUGCAUUUGAUAUUUUAUUGAAUUUUAAUACAGGAAUAUUUGAAGAUGGUUUAUUAAAGUUGAAUAGAAAUGCUAUAGUUAAAGAUUAUUUUAAAUUUUGGUUUUGGGUUGAUUUUACAACAACAUUUCCAUAUGAUAUAAUAUUGGAUGAAUCAUCUAAUUUUAUAUAGAGUGCAAAAUUGUUGAGAUUGUUGAAGUUUUUGAGAUUUAUAAAAAUAUUGAAGUUAUUAAGAUUGGCUAAAUUGAAAAAGAUAAUUGAUAAAUUCAAUGAGAUUUUAUAAUUGAAUUCAAUUUUGGCAGCAAUUUUAACAUUUUCUAAAUUAUUUUUAUUUGUGUUAUUUUUUGCACAUGUUUUAGGAUGCAUAUUUCAUUUUACUGCAUAAUAAGAAGAUAAGAAUAAUUCAUGGUUAGGUGAUUUAUAUGAUGCAAAUUGGUAUAUAAGAUAUAUAAAUUCAUUAUAUUGGGGAGUUACAACAAUGACAACUGUUGGUUAUGGAGAUAUAAGUCCAUUAAAUCCAGAUGAAAGAAUGUUGGGUAUUUUUUUAUUAUUAAUUGCUUGUGGUGGUUUUGCAUUUACAAUGAAUUCAAUAGGAUUUGCAUUAUAAAAAAUAAGUGAGAAAUAAAGUCAAAAUAAAGAAAAGCUUAGUUAAGUAAAUAAAUAUAUGAAAAAAGCCAAGAUACCUGAGACUCUUUAGAAUAAAAUAAGAAAAUAUUUGGAAUAUGUUUGGGAAAGGAAUGGAGGAGUUGUCUUAUAAUAGAUAACGAAAACAUUAUCAGUAGAUUUAUCAAAAGAGUUGUAAGUAUAAGUAAAUGGUAAAUUAUUUGGUUAUUUGGAUAUAUUUUGGUCAAACCAUUCUUAUGAAUUUUUAGUAAUACAUAUAAUGCCAAUAAUGAGAGAAAAAGUAUUUUGUCCAUAAGAAAUAAUAUUUGAUGAAAAUGAAUAAGGUUGUUAUGAUAUAUUUAUGAUUUAAUCUGGAGAAGUAGAUAUUUAUUUUCAGAAAACUAAUAUAACUGUAGAUAAGAAAGGUAAGAAUGAAUUUUUUGGAGAAAUUAGUUUUUAUUCAGGUUAGAAGAGAAGUGCAAGUUGUAAGAGUGUAGAUUUUUCAAAUAUAUUCAUUAUUAAUUCAAAUGAUUUUUUAAAUUUAGCAAGAUCUAAUAGUAAUGAAGUUUAAGCAUAUUUUAAAAUAAGACAUAAAAUAGUUUUUGAUAAAGAUUAUAGUGCCAUAAGUAUUCGAUGUUAUAUGUGUUAGAUGGAUGACCAUAUUGCAAGAGAUUGUCCAUCUUUGCACUUCUAAGUGUAAAUUAAUUGAUUGAUAUUAGAUAGGCAUCGCAUUAUUUAGCCUUCUUAUAAUAAGUAAAACAUGUUUAAUAAUCUUCCUUUAUUAGAAAAGAUCGAAUAGAUUUCAAUGCAAGAUAUCAUCUUGACCUUAUUUCUUAAACUUAAGGUAAAUUCAUUCAUACUGAAAAGAAGAUCCAAUUCUAUUAAAAACAUAAAUCUCAUAUGAUUCUAAGUUUUGAAUAAUCAGAAGUCUAAAGUAUUUAAACUGAAGAAGAUGAUUAUAAUGCAAUUAAUUAAAUUAAUAAAUUAGACAAUUUUGAUCGUAGAUUUAAAUAAUCAGUAAAAUAUAAACAUCCUAAAUUUGAUAAUAAUACUCCAUAAACUUCAUCUUUUUAUAGAAAACCUAGAAAACCAAAAAGAAUUACAACUGUAAUUAAACGUGAUCCAAUGGGUAAAUUAACUAUUUCAUGUGCCUCUGAAGAUGAUCAAUUUGAUAAAGUUGCUUUAGAUAGAAUUAAUCAAUAUUUAGAAGAUUUUCAUAAAAAAAUAUCAUUGUCACGUAAAAAAGAAUGGAAAGAAUUCUCAUCUAUCCCUAAUUUUGAAAAAUAUCAUGAAUAUAAUAACUAUUAUCCAGAAAGCAAUAUUUCUAAAAUUAUACCACAAUAUUAAAAAUAGAAAGCCAAAAUAUUAACCGAUGUCUCCUUAAAUUCUUAAACUUUUGGAGAAGAAGAACUAAUUGCUUAUGCUUAAUAUUAUUCUUAUGAUUUAGAUACUGAAUAGAUCUCUAAUUUCUUUAGUAAAACCUAAAAUACCAAUCAAUUAACUUACGAAGAACAUCGAAUAGCAAGAUUAGACAGAAGAACUAAAAAAAUGCUAAAAUAUAUUCGUAAACCUAAUAAAGUAUUUUAUAUUUUUCUAAAUUAAGAUUAAAACAACCAUUUUAGUACUUAAAGCUAUUAAAAGAUUUUCUCAAAGCUUAAAAAAUAUUCCUGUUCUUUGA